AUUGAUUUCCGUUGUGGGUUCGCAGGAAUGCGGCGCGUCUCCCCUUUCCCCUGAGCGCGUUCCAGACGGCGCAGCGCUCUGUGAGGUAAGCGGACCUCCGAGCCUCUGAUUGGAAGAGACGCGUUCUUAGGAAUGUCAUGAAACUAGUUAAAUAGCACUUUGUCCUCUCCGGCAAUAGAGUAUGAGCUGCUUACAAAGCGGGAAAAGUUACGAAGUGGACUGAAACCCAUCAUAUCUGGAAACUCGUAUAAUCGGAAUUACCAGAAGUUCUUGGACUAUACUUAUCUAUUUUUUUUUAACAAGGAAGCAGGAGCAAGAGAAGAGGCUCUACAAUGAAGUUAACAGGAAUAUUUUUAUUAGUGAUGCUUUGGAGCUGCGAUGGCGCGAGAGUGGCAGAAAGCAGAGACGACAACAGCGUUUACGACCUGUUCGAGCUCGUUCAAGUGCCUAAGAAGAACCACGGGGUCAUGCUGGUGAAGGGAGAAGACCCCUACAGUCCCGCCUACAAGAUCAUGAACCCAGACCUGAUCCCGCCGGUGCCCGAGGGCGCCUUCCGAGACCUGGUGGAUUCCGUGCAGGCGGAGCGCGGCUUCCUGUUCCUGGUCAACUUCAAGCAGGCGCGGCGCACCAGGGGCUCCCUGUUCACCGUAGAGAAACGCGAUGGCUCCGGCACCCUGUUUGAGGUGGUCUCCAACGGCAAAGCCAACACGCUGGACAUCGUGUUCGCCACGGAAAAUAAGCAGCAAGUGGUGUCCAUGGAGGAAGCCGACCUGGCCACGGGUCAAUGGAAGAACAUUACACUCUUCGUCCAGGAGGACAGGGUGCACUUUUAUGUCGGAUGUGAGGAGGUGAACAACGCCGAGCUGGACGCAUCCAUCCAGAGCGUGCUCACUCUGGAAACCCCAAGCGUCGCCAACAUGAGGAUCGGCAAGGGAGCCGUAAAUGACAGAUUCAUGGGUGUGCUUCAAAACGUCCGGUUCGUUUUUGGCACCACGCUGGACGCAAUACUGAGGAAUAAAGGAUGCCAAAACUCCGUUACUGACAUCAUAACUCUACAUAAUCCGGUUAAUGGAUCCAGCCCUGCAAUCAGGACUGAUUAUACUGGCCACAAAACAAAAGAUUUGCAAAUGAUUUGUGGCUAUUCCUGUGAGGAUAUUGCUAGCAUGUUUAAAGAACUAAAGACCCUCGGUGUAAUGGUGAAAGAUCUGACUGAAAAACUACGCCAAGUGACAACUGAGAACACUUUGCUUGGUGGAACCUUGGGAAGACAUUCAGUCUGUUUGCAUAAUGGCAUAUUGCAUAAGAACAAGGAAGAAUGGACGGUGGAUGACUGCACUGAGUGCACCUGCCAGAACUCAGCGACUAUAUGUCGUAAGAUUUCCUGUCCGUUGCUUCCCUGUGCCAAUGCAACUGUUCCUGAUGGGGAAUGCUGCCCCAGAUGUGGAACUCCCAGUGACUAUGCUGAAGAUGGCUGGUCCCCCUGGUCUGAAUGGACCCAUUGUUCUGUGUCCUGUGGAAAGGGCGUUCAGCAGCGUGGCCGCUCUUGUGACCGGAUCAAUAACAACUGUGAGGGCACAUCUGUACAAACAAGAGACUGCUACCUCCAGGAGUGUGACAAACGCUUUAAGCAAGAUGGCAGCUGGAGCCACUGGUCACCAUGGUCCUCUUGCUCAGUAACCUGUGGAUCAGGAGUUAUCACACGUAUUCGUCUGUGCAACUCUCCUACUCCCCAGAUGGGAGGAAAAGAGUGUCAGGGCCAAGGCAGGCAGACUGAGAAAUGUGAGAAGUCACCAUGUCCAAUCAAUGGUGGUUGGGGGCCAUGGUCACCUUGGGAUACCUGUUCUGUAACCUGUGGCGGUGGUGUCCAAACUCGCAAGCGUCUUUGUAAUAGUCCACCACCCAAGUAUGGUGGCAAAGAAUGUGUUGGCGAUGGAAAGGCAACUCAACUGUGCAACAAGCAAGCUUGUCCUAUUGAUGGAUGUCUAUCCAAUCCCUGUUUUGCUGGAGCCAAGUGUACAAGCUUUCCAGAUGGUUCUUGGAAAUGUGGAAAAUGUCCAACAGGCUACACUGGAAAUGGCAUUGACUGCAAAGAUGUUGAUGAGUGCAAGGAGGUUCCUGAUGCUUGCUUCGAAUUCAAUGGAGUCCAUAGAUGUGAAAAUACUGUACCUGGGUACAACUGCUUGCCAUGUCCUACACGCUACAAUGGUCCACAGCCAUUUGGCCGUGGAGUGGAGGAUGCUGCUUUAAAGAAACAGGUGUGCACACCUCGUAAUCCCUGCCUUGAUGGAAGCCAUGACUGCAAUAAGAAUGCCCGGUGCAACUAUUUGGGCCAUUUUGCAGACCCCCUGUUCCGCUGUGAGUGCAAGCCUGGCUAUGCUGGGAAUGGACACAUCUGUGGAGAGGACACAGAUCUGGAUGGCUGGCCAAAUGCUGACCUUGUUUGUGUGGAGAAUGCUACCUAUCACUGCAAGAAGGACAACUGCCCAAACCUUCCAAAUUCUGGUCAGGAGGACUAUGAUAAGGAUGGAAUUGGCGAUGCUUGUGAUGAUGACGAUGAUGAUGAUGGCAUCCCCGAUGACAGGGACAACUGCCCAUUCGUGUUUAAUCCCAGACAGUACGACUAUGACCGGGAUGAUGUUGGUGACCGAUGUGACAACUGUCCAUACAAUAGCAACCCUGACCAGACUGACACAGACAACAAUGGUGAAGGUGAUGCAUGUGCCGUGGACAUUGAUGGAGAUGGUAUUCUAAAUGAAAUGGAUAACUGUCCUUAUCUGUACAAUGUGGAUCAAAAAGAUACUGAUCAAGAUGGAGUUGGUGACCAGUGUGAUAACUGCCCCUUGGAGCAUAAUCCUGACCAGCUUGAUUCAGACUCUGACCUGGUAGGAGACAAAUGUGACAGCAAUCAGGACAUUGAUGAAGAUGGUCAUCAAAACAACCUGGACAACUGCCCUUAUAUUCCAAAUGCCAACCAGGCUGACCAUGACAAAGAUGGCAAAGGAGAUGCUUGUGAUUAUGAUGAUGACAAUGAUGGUAUCCCUGAUGAUAAAGAUAAUUGUAGAUUGGUUUUCAAUCCAGAUCAGCUGGACACUGAUGGUGAUGGACGUGGUGAUGUUUGUAAGGAUGACUUUGACCAAGACAAUGUUCUAGACAUCUACGAUGUCUGCCCAGAGAACUUUGACAUCAGUGAGACUGACUUCCGCAAGUUCCAGAUGGUGCCUCUGGACCCCAAGGGCACAUCCCAGAUUGAUCCUAACUGGGUAGUCCGUCACCAGGGCAAAGAGUUGGUUCAGACAGUUAACUGUGACCCAGGCAUUGCUGUUGGUUUUGAUGAGUUUAAUGCAGUGGACUUCAGUGGAACCUUCUUUAUAAAUACAGAGAGAGAUGAUGAUUAUGCAGGAUUUGUGUUUGGUUACCAAUCCAGCUCCCGCUUUUAUGUGGUGAUGUGGAAGCAGAUAACUCAGACCUACUGGUCCAGCACACCCACCAAGGCACAGGGUUACUCAGGGCUGUCAAUCAAAGUGGUUAACUCAACCACUGGACCAGGGGAACACCUAAGAAAUGCCCUCUGGCAUACUGGGGAUACUCCUGGACAGGUCCGAACUCUCUGGCAUGACCCUAAGAAUGUUGGUUGGAAGGACUUUACUGCCUACAGAUGGCAUCUGACUCACAGACCAAAAACAGGACACAUAAGGGUUGUUAUGUAUGAAGGAAAGAAGAUUAUGGCAGAUUCUGGAAGAAUUUAUGACAAAACGUAUGCAGGUGGACGACUAGGUCUUUUUGUCUUCUCACAAGAGAUGGUAUACUUCUCCGACCUUAAAUAUGAAUGCAGAGAUGCUUAACUGCACAGACAGGAGGGUUUUGGAAAAUGGCACCUUUCUGUAUAAUUAAGAAUAUGUAUUCCGUGCAAAGUCCAGGGACAGAUUUUCCACUAAAUUAUUUUUGUGGCAUGCACUCUGGUGGGGCAACAAGUGGAUUUAUGGUAAACAAUGCUGGUUUGGACAAAGCCAACAGAGCUGACUGGAGAUUCAGGACCCCUCCACUAAGACCAGGUAGAGCAGAACCAAGCCCCCAAUUGCUUUGCUUGGAAAACAAAAAUCUCUCUAAAUAAACCACAUUCAUAUCUGUGCAGGAAUGCCCCUUUAUGCAAACAUCAAUGCACUUGACUACAUUCUUUCAUUGCAUAAUUUUUUUCCCCUGUGUGGAUGCCGAAAGAUGGGAUCAUUUCUUAUAUUCUUUGAAAUUUGCCCAGUAUUUAUUAUUAUCUCAAGAUCACUUUACAACGACAAUUUUGAACAGUUUAAACAGGGUAUAGAGAGUUUAUUAUGCUAGGACGAAUUGCUAAAUAGCACAUUUUCCAUGCAGAUAUUAUGAUGUUUAUAAUAUUAAUUUGUGGAACAAACAAAAUUUAAGAUUAAACAUUUUAAUUGUGCUUAAAAUAACAGCAGCAAUAACAAAAAAAUUGAACAUCAACACCAAGACCCCUAAGUGGAUCCAAUGAAUGCACAGUAAUUGGGUUAGCAGUGCUUCAAACUAAAAUUUCAUUUACUUUCUAAACAUCAGUAAAUAUGGAAAACUAAAAUUAGUUAAAUUAGUUUUCUUAGAGUGAGACUAGAUUAGAAAGAAAGAAAACUUUCAGAAGGAGACUGAAGAAGGCUUGGAAAGAGCCAGGGUUCAAAAUCAGCAUUUAAUUUUUUAGUAACUUUUUAAAACUAAAAAAUCUGAAAAGGAAAAACUCUUGCAAAAUAUGUGUUGGGAUGAUGGACUAUGAAUUCUUCAUUACGCAUUAGUUAAUGAAUAGGUGGCAUUCAUUCUUGUGAGAAUAUUCUUGUGCUGUUCUAAAAAUUCAAUGUAACUUAUUUAUCAUUUAUAAUAGAAUAAUAUAUUCUAAUUCCAUUUUUAAACAUCUGAUUCUUAAGACAGACUGCUUCCCAAAAAUUUGCAGUGUCACUGGUCAUAGCUAUCUGCUGAACACACUCUGUUCUGCUUUUUUAGACCACAUUCAUAGAUGGAAAGAGAAAGAGUAAGGAAAACUUUGAUGUACAAAUAUUACCUCAAAAUCGUCAUAAAAUUUGAUCAAAUAAACCUAUUUCUACUUUUAUUAUGCUGAAAAGCAAAAUGGUCUCCUAAUGCUACUGUAGCACAAGCUGUAAAUAGUGUUACAUUCCUUCUUCAGAUAGAAUACAGCCUCGGAUUUGCUUAAUAAACAAAGAUAAAAAGUGUUUUGUUGAAUUUUUGUUUUAUUAUAUUAGUGCUUUUCAGUGUCCAGUACUUUUUAAACAGAUAAAUUAUUGUACUGUUUGUUGUCUUUAAGACCAUGUGUCAAAUGAGAAUACAUGUAUGUACAUGUGCGUGUGUGUGUGCAUGCAUUUGUGUGUGUGUGUGUGUGUGUGUGUGUGUGUGUGUGUGUGUGUGUGUGUGUAGAUAAAUGCUAUUUAAAUAAUUUAUCAUGGAAUGCAGCCUCAGGAGGCAUAUCCAUCUGUAUAAAUGGUUUGCACACUGACGUGAGGAUGUUCUGUUCUUUAUUGUUUUUACCAUUUUUUGUGUAAAACUAGCGAUGCUUGUCUGUAAACAUUUUUACUUAGGUGUACAAUAAAAUGCUAUUUUUAUCAUAUAGCAAAUAUUUUGGUAUGUACUGCAGAAAAAUAAAUAUAUUUAAAAACUCACAA